AUGGCGACUGGAACAGCAUUAACCACUUCUCCGGACCAAAUGGGCAAAAAUAAUCUUAUAUGCAGCAUCUGUCAGAGUAGAUACAGGGAGCCCAAGAUACUGGACUGCCUGCACAGCUUUUGUGAGAGUUGUCUGGAGAAAUACUACUUUAACAAGCACGAAGGUGCAGCACGUAUUCCAUGUCCUGAAUGCCAGCAAGAGAUGCAAGUUCCUGAUCAGGGCAUUCAGGGUCUCACAACAAACUGUUAUCUUAGCGGUAAAGUCGAGACAUCACUACAGGAAAAAGUAGAAAAUGCACGUUCAUUCACAGGUGAAUCGGAAGUGCCUCUAUGCGAGAUAUGUGAUGACGAAAAUGAGGCGGUGAAUAUCUGUUGGAACUGUGAGCAGAUGAUCUGCAGUAAUUGCAAAAAAAUACACGCCAGGAUUGCAACAUCAUCCAGCCACACAGUUUCCACUUUGGAAGAAAUUCAUCAGGGAAAGGUGGCACUUUUGAAAUCAGAAGAUCAUGGGUCUUGUCGACAGCACAGCGGGAAGGAAAGGAACUUCUACUGCGAGACCUGUGAAGAGUUCAUCUGCCAAGAUUGUACCAUCAAAGACCACUCUAAACCACAACACAACUACUUCGACUCGGUGACAGCUUCAGUCAAAUGCAGACAAUCACUAAAAGAUCUAUUUCCAGCUGUUGCACGACACAUAGAUGGUCUUGAAAGAUCAUCAGUAAUCACAUCUCAAGAUAAGCAGGAGAUAACAAACAACAUAGAAAACACAAUACAGGAUGUCAAAGACAGAGCAGCCAUGGUAAGAAACGCGAUUUUAACUCAAGAGAACGAAUUAAUUGACCAAAUCAGACUGGCAGAAAACAAUCACUACAAACCAUUAAACAGACACGAGAGGACAGUGACCAUGAUGAUGCAAAGGGCGAGAUAUUCACUGGAUACGGCCACAAAAUUUGAGAGCGCAGCAACAGAUAGUCAACUGUUGACACUCUUUCCUACUUUCAGAAAGAGUAUUCAGUCACUGGCCAAUGAAAAGCCUCCACAGACUGAUCACAACUUUCAUCAGAGGUGUGCCCUUAAGUUCAAGCAGAGUGACCAAAUAAAUAUUGGCAAGUUACAUCCGGAUGUCCUGUGGGAACUAUGGGACGAAUUUACAGAAUUUCACGAAGGAGGAUUACUCGGCCGAAUCAAACUGAAGUCAGCUUGUGGCAUUGUUGCGACUCAGGUUGAUGAGAUCGCUGUGGCAGAGUUUCAUCCCAACAUCUUGCCUCUGCAACAAUCAACCAGCCAAGUGAUCAUAUUCAACAUAGAAGGCAAACACAAGAGAACAAUUAAAUCUACAAUUGACAAUGCUUCAAAACACUUGGGCAUUGCUGCGGCACGCAACCAGUUGGUUAUUGCUGACGGCACUAGCAACGUCAAAAUUCACAAUAGAGACAACGAGGUUGUGUCUGUGUCCGUAGCAGUCAGAAAUGAUGGUAACAUCGUUGUCGGUGAUAUCAAGAGGAAAGUGUUGACUGAACACAACGCCAAUAAUUGUUCAGUCAUACGAACCAUACCACUGGAAAUAGCACCGUCAUAUCUGGCUGUUGACGUGGAUGAUAGCCGGUCCCUACCAAUUAGUCGAGAAUCAAAUCCAGUCUCGGCAGGAGUAGUGGCAGCGCACUACCCAGAAGGAAACUUCUGUCACACACGCUGUACUCACGUCAUCAAUGCAGAGCGUGUGAGAAAGCUGAACAUAUGA